GCUAAGGCUGCCGCGGCCGCCGCCGCCGUCAAGGCCGGCACCGGCAAGAAGCUCGUCAAGCGACGAACGAAGGUCCACUUCUACAAGCCCAAGUCCUUCAAGCCGCCCUCGGACCCCAAGUACGCGCGCAAGUCCGUGCCGUCGCGCGUCAAGAUGGACAAGUACCGCGUGAUCAAGUACCCGCUCACGACGGAGUCGGCCAUGAAGAAGAUCGAGGACAACAACACGCUCGUGUUCAUCGUCGACGUCCUCGCGAACAAGCGCCAGAUCAAGGACGCGGUGAAGCAGAUGUACGAGAUCGCGUGCGCCAAGGUCAACACGCUCAUCCGCCCCGACGGCCAGAAGAAGGCCUACGUGCGCCUCACCCAGGACUACGACGCCCUCGACGUCGCCAACCGCAUCGGCAUCAUCUAGACGGCGACCCGAAACCACCUCGCCGGUCCCGCGCCGCCGCGCGCGGCAUCGGACCCCCCCCUCUAACGACGACCCAUCUUCGA